CUUUUAAGGGAGCUCAUCACCCAAGAACUCUAAAGUUAAGCGUGCUUGCACGAGAGUAGUCUUGGGAUGGGUGACCCCCUGGGAAGUUUCUCAGGGCGCGCAUGAGUGAGGACAAAGUGCGCGGUAAAGGCUCGUGGUGGUUUGUGAGGACAGUACUAUUGGUCUAGAGUAGCUAUCUCGGGUCCUGCAAGGCCGGGGUGUUACACCAACACUAGCAGAGGUCUUCAUCAAUGAAAGAAGAGCAACUACAAAAUUCAUUAGCAGAGCUGAGGUACGCCUCCACAAAAGACUGAUCAAAAUGAAAAAGCAUUUUGAUGAGCUGCUAGAGAUGAGGUUCGCUGAAGUACACUGCCAUCUUAAAAGCAAUUUGAUGAUACAGCAAGUAUUCAACUCAGAACAGAAAGCUCAGCUCAACAUUCAACUCUCAAACCUACCAGCACAGAUGGAGGCUCUUCGCAACGAACUUGAAGCCUUGAAAGCCCGCGAUGAAGAGCUGGAAAAUCAUAUUGUUCACUCAUUGAAGGAGCUAAGGGAAAAAGAACUCGCAGUGGCCUCCCAAGCAGCAGAGCCCUCUGCCCAGGUACCUCCUACCAUUUCUCUACCUCCUAACCUUGAGCAGGCCUUUAAGACCAUUCAAGAACAUGAGGAAUUCAUCCAAAACAUAAGAACAAACGAGCUUCCAGCAAUGCUCAAGCUCUCUCACACAGUUGUAACAAAGCAACUCGAGCACUCAAAUGCCAUUGGACAAACUAGAGCAGACUUGGCAUCCAAUCUCAGCUCCCUACAUCAAGCAACUCAAAAGGAAUUCCAACAGCAUGGAAGUGACCUUCUGCGGCUGGGACAAAAUUUGGAAAUCACUCACCAACGACUUCAAAACCUGGAAAAUGAAGUCAGGGAUGAAGUAAAAACUGACAUUCUGGACAUCAACAAUCACAUCAAAGCUCUAUCCAUUCAAGUCUAUGGACUCAAUCCGGUAAGGAGAAAGGCUGAUGACAUUGAGGAUCUCUUUGAUGAGAGCUACAUCCCUGAUGCUGCCAAAAAGGGAGAAAAUACUCCUUCAACACAAGCAGGUUCCUCCUCGUUAAAAAGAUCGCAAGCAGCUAAGAAAGGAGCAGAAACCAGAAAGAAGAACCAACGUCUCAAGGAAGAAGCUGAAAUCAGAAGACGAAAAGCAGAAGAGGCCAAAGCCAAGGAAGAAGCCAAGAAGAAACAAGAAGAAGACAAGCAAGAGUAAGCUAGACAUUGGAGUCCGAAAUUGACUAUAAACUAUUGUACUCUGACUU